AUGAUUGCGGAUAUUCCACUGGAUGCCGGUUCAUUUGCUGCGAUGUCGCGAGAGCUCUUUUGGAACUUUCGUGUCUGGCAGCGCGAGCUAGCUUCACUCGCUGCAGGCACAUUAUGCUUUAUUGCUCUCGCUGCGCUUCUUUCUGCUUUUAACGGGAAGUCUAUCUUUCGUUGGUAUGGUAUCACACUCAACGCAUUGGUAUCCAUUCUUGCAACCGCUGCUAAAGUUCUUGUUUUGUAUUCCAUCGCUGAAUCUACCAGCCAAUGGAAGUGGCUUCAUUUCUCGGAGCAAAAGCGCUUUCUGAUAGAUUUUGAUAAAAUUGAUGCGGCAAGUCGUGGACCAUGGGGUAGUUUUAUACUUUUAUGGAGGAAAAAUCGGGAGCUUAUAGUACGCAUUGGUGCUGUGACUACCGUACUUGCUUUGGCCGUUGACCCUUUCACACAACAACUUAUUCAAUACCAGCAGCGUCUCGUUCCUCAUAGCGAUGGAGAGGCCAGUGUUCCUAGAGCAGAUCGUUAUUCGAGGGGUCGACUUUUCAAUACGCAACUCACAAUGGUGUCAAAUAAUCCACCCGCAGCGCAGACAUUUGCAGAUGCGGAUUUUGCAAUGCAGUCGGCUGUUCUAUACGGUCUUACGCAUUCCAUCGAGAUGACGACUCAGCAACUUCCUCACACGUGCACGUCUGGAAAUUGUACGUGGAAUGCAUUUGAAUCUCUUUCGGUUUGCAAUGUCUGCAAUGACCUUAGUGAUAGAGUGGUUGAAUAUAGAGACUACAAUGUUCUCUAUUCUGACCUUCAAACCGACAACGGGAUCGGUAUCAAAGAAAUGGGUACUGCAUUUCGACUUCCAAAUGGCCUUUUCAUCGAUGGUUUUGAUGGCUGGAAUUACACUGACAAAUACACAUCUCUGAAACUUCCUGGUGGUGUAUUCAUGACGACCUAUGGAACUGGAAAUGCUAGCGAGACGGUAUCGCUUCAAGAUAUCGAUACUUUGAUCUGGGCAAUGACCUUUCUCAAAGUACACCCUCCACAAAACGCAUCAGUAGUCUGGCCUAAUUUACCACUCGAGGCAAGAGAAUGCGGCUUAUACUAUUGUGUGAAUCGACACGAAUCGAACUUUGUGAAUGGCACUCUAUCCGAAGAAAUUUCCGAAGUCACGAGUGCAAAGCGAGAUCCGGAUUCAUGGCAGGUCACAAGCUCAAAGUGGGCUGCCAUUCUCAACUCAUCGAUCGUGUCGAGUCUCGAGUUUAAUGACAAACUAUCCGCCGCACCGCGAUCCGACCUGUCUCUUGGCGAACAAUACAAUAUCUCACAAGCAGCUGUCAACAGUAUUAGUAGCUACGUCGAAGAUUUAUUUUCUACCAGCAUCAACAUAACCCACAAUGUGACGGCAACUCAGCAGGCAAGGUUAAAUGGUUACAUCAUGUCCGAUGGCAAUCUCCAAUAUAAACCCAGCUCCAUGCAAGCCUUCAACACGAGCUCUGAUCUUCCGGCUACAUUUUCAUCACUUGCCAAAAGCAUGAGUAACUCCAUCCGUGCCAAUGACGAUGGCGCAAAAAUUGAAACGGGCACAAAUCACGAGAUGGUCAGUUUCUACAAAAUCGAAUGGGAAUGGAUAUCUCUACACAGUUUCUUCAUCAUUGCAGCCACCAUCUUCACCGGCCUCACCAUUUAUCAGACGAGACUGCGUGGUACGCCGGCUUGGAAGUCUAGCUCGCUGGCGGUUCUUUCCAGGGGGCUGGUGGUGGGCAAUACUUUUAAGGGUGCGGAGACAAUGAACGAAUUGACGGAAAGAGCAAAGAGUGAGAGGGCUUGUUUAUAUGGUACGUAUAGCGAGCUAAAGGAACGUCGCGAAGAUGUCGAGUUGGAGGAAAUAGAGGUGGGACAGUCGGAUGAUCCACAAAUGUUCAAUGGGGUUCGAUCAGUGCGGUGA